CCUUAUGAUCAACUAGAUUGUAAAUGUUAAACAGUAUCUGGGGCCUUGCAGAGAGAUGGGCAGUCUGACAGGAAGAGAUUGAAUUGAGUUUAGAACUGUGUUUUCUGUGGAAGGUGUUUGGCUGUUGAUGCUACAGCAUGAAGAUUUGAAAGCUCUUUGCCUAACCUCCCAUUAUCAGCUAUUGGAAGUUCAGAAAAUAGAAACUAAGUGAUAAGUAUCAUUGACUUUAUCAGAGCAAAUGGGAAAAGGUGACCCUGAUUGACAACUUUAGAAAACUAACCAAGAAGCAAUCCUCCAUGCUUGUGGAAUAACACAUUGUGAAAACCACUUAAGUAUUCUGAUCCUCCUCUGCCUUGCUCUUCUGCUUCAUCAACCCCAGUGGAGCAGUACCUCUCCCAUCCCCCCCCUCCCGAAGUCAAUGAGAACCAGCGAGGGUUCCUCAGCAAUAACAUGACCCAGCCAAACCAAGACUCUGACUCUGAUGAAGAGUUUGUUCCCAAUUCUUUCUUGGUUAAAACUGGCUCUGGAAACCUGUAUGUUCCCACAAGUGAUCAUUUGGCCAAUCCUUCUCAGAACCAUUCAAUGCUCAGAACACCUCCACCUGCAAUGACGCAUACCCAUACUCUAAACCAUCCUCAUGCCUCUUCGGCUAACUCAUUGAACAGGGGGAACUUCACCACACGCAGUAAUCCCAGUCCCAGUCCAGCUGACCUUCCACCACCUCCAGAACCACCUCCCAGCAUACAGGAGCCUGCCCAUAUGCAGGACAACUGGUUACUCAAUAGUAAUAUCCCCCUGGAGACCAGAAAUGUAGCAAAGCAGACAUUCCUAGAGACUUUGCAGGACAACCUAAUUGAGAUGGACGUUUUUGCUUCUGCUCGACAUGACGGUGGUUACAAUGAUGGGCAUUUCUUAUUUAAAUCUGGCACUGGAUCUUCUCCACUUUUUUGUACAACUGGCCCUGGUUACCCCCUCACUUCAAGCACUGUGUAUUCUCCACCACCUCGGCCUUUGCCUCGCAGCACUUUCUCAAGGUCUGCAUUCAGUCUGAAAAAGCCCCACAAGUACUGCAAUUGGAAGUGUGCUGCUUUAAGUGCCAUCAUCAUUUCUGUAACACUGGUGAUUCUACUCGCCUAUUUCAUUGCCAUGCACCUGUUUGGCCUAAACUGGCACCUGCAGCCGAUGGAAGGGCAGAUGUAUCAGAUCGGUGAGAACAGAGCCAGCAGUUGGCCAGUGCCAACGGACGUCACAUUGUCUCCCUCUGGUGGCACAGGUUUAGGCUUGCCUGAAAGGAAAGGCAAAGGAACCAGUGAAGGAAAAACAGAUAAUUUAAUCCCAGAAGAUAGCUAUAUAGAUUCAGGAGAAAUUGAUGUCGGGCGGAGAGUCACCCAGAAGAUACCACCCGGCUUAUUCUGGCGCACUCAAGUGUUCAUAGAUCAUCCAAUGUAUUUGAAAUUUAACGUGUCACUGGGCAAGGAUGCUCUGGUUGGGAUUUAUGGUCGACGUGGUCUACCCCCAUCUCAUACACAGUUUGGCUUUGUGGAGUUAUUGGAUGGCAGACGUCUGCUAGCACAGGAAGUGAGAAGUCUGGAGGGAUUCCACCACCGGCACAGAAGCUUGAUCCCUCUGACAAAUCGAGAGACAGGAUUCAUUAGAUAUCUGGAUUCUGGAAUCUGGCAUUUAGCCUUCUACAAUGAUGGAAAACAGAUGGAGCUGGUCUCCUUUAUAACCACUGCCAUAGAGUCUGCAGAUGAAUGUCCAGCCAACUGUUAUGGGAAUGGAGAAUGUAUGGCAGGCACAUGUCAUUGUUUUCUAGGCUACAUUGGACUGGAUUGUGCACGAGUAUCCUGCCCUGUUCUGUGCAGUGGCAAUGGCCAGUAUGUGAAAGGACGCUGUUUGUGCCACAGUGGUUGGAAAGGGGCAGAAUGUGACAUUCCCACAAACCAGUGCCUUGACCCGUCUUGUGGUAACCGUGGCACCUGCAUCAUGGGGACCUGCAUCUGCAACUCCGGCUAUAAGGGAGAAAGCUGUGAACAAGUGGACUGCUUAGACUCAACAUGUUCUGGACGAGGAAUAUGUGUUCGCGGAGAAUGUCAUUGCACCACUGGCUGGGGUGGAUCAAAUUGCGAGACUCCAAGAACAGCUUGUACAGACCACUGUUCAGGGCAUGGUACAUUCCAACCAGAUUCAAAGACCUGCAACUGUGACCUUGCCUGGACAGGCCAUGAUUGCUCCGUGGAGAUUUGUGCAGUAGACUGUAGCGGCCAUGGAAUCUGCAUAGGAGGCACCUGUCGCUGUGACGAAGGCUGGAUGGGCAGUGUCUGUGAUCAACGAGCAUGUCACCCACGCUGCAGUGAACAUGGGACUUGUAAGGAUGGCAAGUGUGAAUGCAGUCCUGGGUGGAAUGGAGAGCACUGCACUAUUGAAGGUUGCCCGGGUUUAUGUAAUGGAAAUGGGCGAUGCACGCUGGAUCAGAAUGGUUGGCAUUGUAUGUGUCAAUUGGGCUGGAGGGGUGCUGGGUGUGACACCUCUAUGGAAACUGCUUGUGGAGAUGGAAAAGAUAAUGAUGGAGAUGGCUUAAUAGAUUGCAUGGACCCUGACUGCUGCCUUCAGCCUUUAUGCCACGAUAAUCCGCUGUGUCUCGGAUCACCUGAUCCUCUUGAUGUUAUUCAGCAAACACAGGUGCCAACUUUACAACAAAAUCUUCAAUCCUUCUACGACAGAGUCAAAUUCCUCAUCAGCAAGGAUAGCACACAUGUGAUCCCUGGUGAAAACCCUUUCAACAGUGGUCACACGUGUGUAAUACGAGGUCAAGUAGUGACGGCAGAUGGCACUCCUUUGGUUGGAGUUAAUAUCAGCUUUGUGAACAAUCCACGGUGUGGUUACACCAUCAGCCGGCAGGAUGGCAGCUUUGAUUUGAUGACUAACGGAGGUGUUUCGGUCACGAUACACUUUGAGCGCUCUCCGUUCAUCACUCAGGAGCACACACUUUGGCUGCCAUGGGACCGUUUCUUUGUCAUGGACACUGUCAUCAUGAGGCAUGAAGAGAAUGACAUCCCUAGCUGUGACCUGAGUAAUUUUGCACGUCCCAAUCCAAUUGUCUCACCAGCACCUUUGACGGCAUUUGCAGGUUCAUGCCAAGAGAGAGGUCCCAUCAUCCCUGAAAUACAGGCUUUACAAGAGGAGAUAAAUAUUCCAGGUAGUAAAAUGAAGCUGAACUAUGUCAGUAGCCGCAAUGCUGGCUACAAGUCAAUCAUGAGGAUUAGUCUGACUGACCCCUCCAUCCCAUUCAAUCUAAUGAAAGUACAUCUCAUGGUGGCUGUGGAAGGUCGGCUCUUCCAGAAGUGGUUUCCUGCUACUCCUGAACUGUCCUAUUACUUCAUCUGGGACAAGACUGAUGUCUACAGUCAGAAGGUUUACGGGCUAUCAGAAGCUUUUGUGUCUGUGGGCUAUGAAUAUGAAUCAUGUCCAGACCUGAUACUCUGGGAGAAACGUACUGCUGUUCUACAAGGCUAUGAGUUAGAUGCAUCUAACCUGGGUGGAUGGACCUUAGACAAACACCAUGCCCUCAACAUACGAAGUAGUAUUUUGCACAAAGGAAACGGGGAAAAUAAUUUUAUAUCCCAGCAGCCACCUGUCAUUGGAAGCAUCAUCGGAAAUGGGCGAAGACGUAGCAUUUCAUGUCCAAGCUGCAAUGGCCUCGCAACUGGGAACAAGCUCCUUGCACCAGUUGCGCUGACAUGUGGAUCAGAUGGAAGCAUUUAUGUUGGUGAUUUUAAUUAUGUUCGUAGGAUCUUCCCCUCAGGCAAUGUCAUUAAUAUACUGGAGCUAAGUAACAGUCCAGCGCACAAGUACUACCUCUCCGUGGAUGCUGUGUCGGGAUCAUUAUAUCUCUCUGAUACCAAUAGCAGACGUGUCUAUAAAGUAAAAUCCCUUACUGGAGUCAAGGAAAUCACUAAGAAUGCUAUGGUAGUGGCUGGAACAGGAGAUCAAUGCCUUCCUUUUGAUGAAGCUCGAUGUGGAGAUGGUGGAAAAGCAACUGAAGCCACUCUGUCCAGUCCAAGAGGUAUUGCUGUUGACAAAUUUGGGUUGAUAUACUUUGUCGAUGGAACAAUGAUUCGCCGGAUUGAUCAGAAUGGAAUCAUCUCCUCUGUGAUUGGUUCUAAUGACCUAACAUCAGCAAGGCCUCUUAGUUGUGACUCAGUGAUGGAUAUUUCCCAGGUACGUCUGGAAUGGCCCACUGAUCUGGCAGUGAAUCCCAUGGAUAAUUCACUUUAUGUGUUGGACAACAAUGUGGUACUUCAGAUUUCAGAAAAUCACCAAGUUCGCAUUGUGGCUGGCCGCCCGAUGCACUGUCAAGUGCCUGGAAUUGAUCAUUUCUUGCUUAGCAAGGUGGCAGUGCAUUCAACCCUGGAGUCAGCCAGUGCCAUUUCUAUUUCCCAUAAUGGGAUCUUGUACAUAGCAGAAACAGAUGAGAAGAAAAUUAACCGUGUGCGCCAAGUCACAACAAAUGGUGAAAUAUCUCUAGUCGCUGGAGCACCAACUGGUUGUGACUGUAAAAAUGAUGCAAACUGUGAAUGUUACUCAGGUGACGAUGGAUAUGCAAAGGAUGCCAGAUUAAAUGCCCCCUCAUCACUUGCAGUAUGCCCUGAGGGAGAACUGUACAUAGCUGAUCUUGGGAACAUCCGCAUUAGAUUUGUUCGGAAAAACAGGCCUUUUCUUAAUUCUCAGAAUCUUUAUGAAGUUGCUUCAACCAUUGAUCAAGAAUUGUAUUUAUUUACCCUCAAUGGUAGCCAUCUGUAUACCCAGAGCCUUAUCACUGGAGACUAUCUUUAUAAUAUCACAUACACUGAGAAUGGAGACAUUAGCACAAUCAAAGACAAUAAUGGAAACUUAUUACAUAUUCGUCGGGAUGCCACAGGAAUGCCACUCUGGCUUGAUGUGCAAGAUGGGCAGCUUUACUGGCUGACUAUUGGAACCAACAGUGCUUUGAAAAGUGUGUCUACCCAAGGUCAUGAACUGGCUAUGAUGACAUAUCAUGGCAAUACUGGUCUCAUGGCAACUAAAAGUAACGAAAAUGGAUGGACCACAUUUUAUGAGUAUGAUAGUUAUGGCCGGCUGAUCAAUGCAACUUUUCCCACUGGCCACAUCUAUAGUUUCCACGGGGAAAUUGAUAACUCAGUUCAAGUCCAUGUUGAAACAUCUAAUAAGGAUGAUGUUACAAUAACAACCAACCUGUCAGCUGCAGGUUCAUUCUAUACACUUGUCCAAGAUCAAGUUAGAAAUGGAUAUCAUAUUGGUGCCGAUGGCUCACUGAGACUUAUGCUAGCUAAUGGUAUGGAAGUUGCCUUGCAAACGGAGCCACAUCUCUUAGGUGGCACUGUAAAUCCUACGGUCGGAAAGCGCAAUGUUACCCUGCCCAUUGAGAAUGGUUUAAACUUGGUGGAAUGGCGACAGCGGAAAGAACAAACCAGAGGACAGAUCACAAUAUUUGGGCGAAGACUUAGGGUCCAUAGCCGAAAUUUGCUCUCUCUGGAUUUUGAUCGCAUAACUAGAACGGAAAAAAUAUACGAUGAUCAUAGGAAGUUCACCCUCCGAAUCCUGUAUGAUCAGGUUGGCCGACCUACUCUAUGGUCUCCAAGCAGCAGACUAAAUGGGGUGAAUGUGACAUACUCUUCAACUGGUCAGGUGGCAGGUAUCCAGAGAGGUACCAUGUCAGAAAGAAUUGACUACGACCAAGCCGGCAGGAUUGUAUCCAGAACCUUUGCUGAUGGAAAGUCCUGGAGCUACACUUACCUUGAAAAGUCCGCAGUGCUGCUUCUGCAUAGUCAAAGACAAUACAUCUUUGAAUUUGACAAAAAUGAUCGACUUUCUUCUGUGACAAUGCCAAAUGUUGCUCAGCAAAGUCUGGAAACCAUUCGUUCUGUGGGCUAUUACAGGAACAUCUAUAAACCCCCUGAAGGCAAUGCUUCUGUGAUUCAAGACUACACAGAGGACAAUCACUUGUUGCAAAUGUCAUACCUGGGAACAGGGCGCCGUGUGCUUUACAAAUAUGGCAAGCUGUCCAAGCUCUCAGAAAUCCUUUACGACACCACGAGGAUUGGUUUUACCUAUGAUGAAACAGCUGGAAUGCUUAAAACUGUCAACUUGCAGAAUGAAGGCUUCACUUGCACAAUACGUUUCAGGCAAAUUGGCCCUCUUAUUGACAGGCAGAUCUUUCGGUUCAGUGAGGAAGGAAUGGUGAAUGCUCGCUUCGAUUAUAACUAUGACAACAGUUUCCGGGUUACGAGCAUGCAAGCUGUGAUCAAUGAGACACCAUUACCAAUUGAUCUCUAUCGAUACGAUGAUGUUUCUGGGAAAAUCGAACAAUUUGGAAAAUUUGGUGUAAUUUAUUAUGACAUUAAUCAGAUCAUCACCACGGCAGUCAUGACUCACACUAAGCAUUUUGAUGCAUAUGGGCGAGUAAAAGAGGUCCAGUAUGAAAUUUUCAGAUCACUCAUGUAUUGGAUGACAGUGCAAUAUGACAACAUGGGUAGGGUUGUAAAACGGGAAUUAAAGGUUGGUCCCUAUGCCAAUACAUCCAGGUAUGCUUAUGAAUAUGAUGCAGAUGGCCAAUUGCAGACCGUAUCCUUGAAUGACAAACCUUUGUGGCGCUAUAGCUAUGAUCUAAAUGGAAAUCUCCAUUUACUAAGUCCUGGCAAUAGUGCUCGUCUGACUCCGCUGAGGCAUGACAGGAGGGAUCGGAUUACUCGUCUUGGAGAAGUCCAGUACAAAGUAGAUGAGGAUGGUUUCUUACGACAAAGGGGAAGUAUUAUCUUUGAGUACAAUUCAGCUGGACUUCUCACCAAAGCUUACAGUAAAUCAAAUGGUUGGAGAGUGCAUUAUCGAUAUGAUGGAGUUGGAAGACGGGUUUCGAGCAGAACCAGCAAUGGGAUGUACUUACAGUUUUUUUAUGCAGAUCUGAAUAACCCUGCAAGAAUUACACACAUGUACAAUCAUACAAGCUCUGAAAUAGCAUCCCUAUACUAUGACCUUCAAGGUCACCUUUUUGCGAUGGAAAUUAGCAGUGGUGAUGAAUUCUACGUUGCCUGUGAUAAUACAGGAACCCCAUUAGCUGUAUUUAGUGGAAAUGGUUUAAUGAUUAAGCAAAUCAGCUACACUGCUUAUGGGGAGAUUUAUAUGGACACAAAUCCAGCCUUUCAACUCAUUGUAGGCUAUCAUGGUGGCUUGUAUGAUCCCCUCACCAAACUAGUACACUUUGGACGGCGAGAUUAUGAUGUGCUUUCUGGAAGAUGGACAGCACCAGAUCAUGAUGUGUGGAAUCACCUCAGCGACAGUCUCGUACCUUUUAAUUUGUACAUGUUUAAAAAUAAUAACCCAGUCAGCAAUAUGCAAGAUAUCAAAUGUUACAUGACAGAUGUGAACAGUUGGCUGCUGACAUUUGGAUUCCAGCUGCAUAAUGUUAUCCCAGGGUAUCCAAAACCAGAAACUUCGUCAAUGGAACCUUCCUAUGAACUUCACAACACUCAGAUGAAAACUCAACAGUGGGACAACAGCAAGUCUAUCUUAGGAGUCCAGUGUAUAGUACAGAAGCAACUCAAAGCCUUUGUUACAGUUGAGCACUUUGGCCGGAUUUAUGGAGGAAGUGGAGCUGGAUGUCAGCCAAAGGCACAAGUGAAGACUUUCGCAACGAGUGGUUCAAUCCUGGGCAAAGGGGUGAAAUUUGCUGUGAGAGGAGGACGAGUAAGCACUGAUAUCAUAAGUGUUGCCAAUGAGGAUGGCAGGAGAGUGGCUGCUGUGUUAAAUAAUGCCUACUAUUUAGAAAGUUUUCACUUCACCAUUAAUGGUGUGGACACACAUUAUUUCAUUAAACUGGGGCCUGCAGAAAGGGAUCUCACCAUUUUGGGCCUUAAUGGUGGAAGGCGAACCCUGGAGAAUGGAGUUAAUGUUACUGUCUCGCAAAUUAAUACUGUUCUGAAUGGAAGGACUAGAAGAUACACCGAUAUAAAACUCCAAUACGGUUUCCUAUGUUUAAAUACACGAUAUGGGACAACCAUGGAUGAAGAGAAAGCUCGUGUCUUGGAGUUGGCUAGGCAGCGAGCUGUAGCACAGGCCUGGAGUCGGGAACAGCAAAGGUUGCAAGAUGGAGAGGAAGGCAUUCGCUCAUGGACAGAUGGAGAAAAGCAGCAGCUACUGAUCACUGGCAGGGUGCAAGGUUAUGAUGGCUACUUUAUUAAAACUGUUGAACAAUACCCUGAAUUGUCAGACAGUGUAAAUAAUAUCCAUUUCAUGAGACAGAGUGAAAUGGGCAAGAGGUAACAGUAAAGGACCAUGUGCCAACCACUUUGCCAAAGACAUCUGCUUAUGUGGCCAUUUUUCAGGCUGUGUUGUUACGAUUAUUUUUAAAACCGUUGCAUUGUAAUUCCUGCAACGUGCAGAGAUUUUCUUUUAUUUCUUCACACAUUUUGCAUUGAGCAGAAGGUAUUUUGCAGUAGUGUGAUCACAGUGAAUUUUUUGCCAUUUUCUAAUAAUAUGAGAACUGUGAGCUAUUGUUUUACAGUCAGUUUCAAGGUCAGAACCAAGACACGCUUCUGUUAGAGAAACGUGAUCUGCCAGUAUCUGCUUACAAAUUCAAAGAAUUAUCCUCUUUUGUUAGUUCUUUGGGACUUCUUAUGAGAUGUAUUUUGAUGCAGCAAAGGACUACGUCUGCAUUUUAUAUCAGCAUAGAAAGUAACAGCUCGUGUGAGAACUUUCUUACGGUUCUGAUUUUAAUUUGAGACAACUCUCAAAGCUUAUGUUUCUAACACUGUAUUCGGAUUGUGUAAAUAUGCAAGGCUGUAAAUAUAUGCAAAUGUAGAUAACUCCUAGAACUACAGCAGUGUCACUGUGUAGUCUUCAGUGGAAAUAAAU